AUGCCGCCGACCACACAUCAGGUAGUGGGGCGCCCUCUGCUGGCCGCGUUGGCCCUCGUGGCCGCCGGCGCCGAGCAGUACCUCGUCUUUGAGCAAGAGUGCUGCAGCGCCCAGCCGCAGCCAGCUGCGCGCGCCCUCACGUCGGCGGUGCUGCAGCACCCCGUCUCGGCCGCCGUGGUGAGCGGACAGCGGGUUUGGUCGUUUGGUGGCAUGAGUGGGAGCGACACGAGCUCCGUCUUUGCCGACCUGUGGAUGUACGCGGUCGGCGACGGCACCUGGCUCGAGCUCUCCCCCGCCGGGCUGCGCCCACGCGCCCGCCGCGGCGCGCCGAUGGCAGCCUUCUCCAACCAGCUGGCGGUGCUGUGGGGUGGAUCGCAGUCGACGGGGUCGACGGCCGCGCCGCUGAGCCCCGAAACCACCCAGACGGUCUUCAUGCUCGACCUGCACCGGAGCCUCCCCCGCUGGCAGAUUGUGACUGUCUUGACCACGCCGGUCGCCGUGGCCACAACCGGCGUCACCUCGGACGGCUCACCGCCCGCGGAGCGGGAGCGCCACACCGCCACGCUGGUGAAGCUGCCCUUUGUGCCGGGCGAUCCCGAUGGCAUGGUCGUCUUCGGAGGGCAGGAUGCCACUGGCGUUGGCCUGAGCGACGUUCACGCCUUGCACUUCAACGCAGAUGCGACGCAGCCAGAGGGCCGCUGGUACUCACUCUCGCCAUCGGGGGAGACGCCGCCACCGCGGCUGGGGCACUCAGCGUGCGCCGCCUUUGAGAACCUGAUUGUCUUUGGAGGGGUCAACCCGCUCGCCCUGACGCAGAGGAUGUAUUCUGACGUGCACAUCCUCAGCCUGCACGGCAACCGUUGGAGUGCGCCCGUGCUGGUUGGCACCGACGAGCCGCCCGGGCGGGAGGGGCACGCGAUGCUGUACGUGGCCGGCACGGCCACCGUCUUUGUCUUUGGCGGCGUCAAUGCCGCGGGCGAUAUCCUCUCCGACCUCUGGUCCUUCUCCGUCUACUCAGCGGUGGCGGGUCAGCUCGCGUGGACACGCCCGAUCGCCAUGUCGGACGCCCCGCAGCCGCGCUGGGGAGCGACGGCGCUGGCGUCCGCGUCGUCGGCGCUGCUGAUGGGCGGUCUCAGCACGGGGCACGCACCACUCUCGGACGUCUGGAGCUUGCGACCCGGCUGCGGGGGCAAUCUGACGCUCUCGGCGGCGCGCGGCUCGUUCGGCGACGGGAGCCACCAGUACCCCUCGAACGUGGACUGCCGAUGGCUCAUCCAGCCGGCGGUGGCAAACGCCAACGUGCGCGUCUCCUUCUCCUCUCUGCACAUCCUCGAUCCCGCGGACCGUGUCCUCCUCUUCGAUGGCUCCGACGUCCUCGCGCCUCGGCUCAACGGCAACGGCUACACGGGCGAGAUGCUACCGCCUUCGACUACGUCCACCGGCAUGAGCAUGUUGGUCCAGUUCACCUCGGACGGCUCGGACGUGUCGGGAGGCUUCGAGGCGGUUUACGAGGCGGUGUGCCGGCCAGGCUUCACCUUCUCCGAGUACAGCAACGACUGCGAGCCCUGCCCCAUCGGGUCGUAUGCGGCGGGGCCCGACUCGCCUUGCGCCCAUCCGCUAGCCGCACUGCUCACCGCGCGGCACCUCGGACUGCAGGCGGGGUACGCGAGCAACGGGCUGCUGGGUGAGUCGCUCCAGUGCUCCGUCUGCUACGAGGGCGGAGAGUGCCCCGCCGGAGGGGCGGUGAGGGCGAGGCCGGGCUGGUGCCGCGUCGUGCUAGAGUCGGACCCGAGCCAAGCCAUCACGCCGCUUGCGUUCGCAAAGUGUUGCGACUCGAGCCAGUGCCCCGGCGGGAGCGGCGAGUCGGCGCGGUGCUCAGAUAGCAUUGGCGUGGUGACGCCGACGGAGAGCUGCACUGUCGCGGCCUACUCGUGGGACACGAUGAGCAGACUACGCUUAACGGCAGGCACUUGGGCGUCGAUGGCCGUGAUCUUGGCGGCCCUGCUUUUGUUGUGCUGCGCCCUCGGCGUGGCGUGCGGGGCUCGGACGGCGGGCCGAAGGACCCGGCGCAUCGCCUCGGCACAGCGCAGCUCGGGGAGGAAAGCAGUCGGUGGUGUGAGGCCUGUCCGCAUGGUGCCAGACCGGCACCAACGGAUGGAGAUGGAUAUGGACGAGGCUUGCUCGGACACGCUCUCGCGCAGCUCAGCAGACUCUGCAGGCUGGUCCCGGCACCAGCGGGACCGGGACCGGGGGCCGCCUCACGGGGACGACAUGAUGGUGCUGGCGCUCGACGAGUUUGCGUCGAUGAGCAAAUCUGACCCGGCGGCGGCUUCGAGUCGCGGGGGUCCGGUGGGUGCCACCCCAGGCGCUCUGGCCGAGCUCACGCCCUCGGGUCUGUCCCUUGCCAUGCUUGGACAGGGUGCGAGCACUGCCGUCGGGGACGCCGGCGGGGAGGUGGAGCAGGUGCCGAGCCCAAAGAAGAAGGGGCGAAGAGCAAGCACCAAGGGCGGCGUCAGGGGCGAAGGAGAAGAGCAAGGCAGCGGUGCUAGCGAAGUCGAGGAGACGAAUAGGGGACUCGAGUCGGGUCGCUAG